AUGCGUUUCACAAAGCUUUACAUGGCCCUGUUGGCCUUCUUUGCUGCUGGACCAACUGGUGCAGCAAUCAUCAAAGUAGAGGUCGGCAGGACCGGACUUCGAUAUGCCCCGGAUAACAUCAAAGCUGCCAAAGGAGACAUCGUUGAAUUCCAUUUCGAUGCCAUGCACAGCGUCGUCGCCGGUGACUUUGCAAAGCCUUGCACUCCAGUCGCCAGUGGAGGAUUCUACUCUGGCUUUUUGCCCAGCGGUGAUGAGUCUUUCUUCUCGAUAACCAUUGAGAACACGGACCCCAUCUUCUUUUAUUGUGCCGUCGAUUCACACUGCCAGGGUGGCAUGGUAGGUGUGAUUAAUCAGGGCUCUGAUACACUUGAUGCAUACAGGACGGCUGCGAUAAAAACAGAUAACACUGUGACUCCAAAUGGUGCAUUCGGUGGUAAUGUCACCUCCAGUCCUGUUACAAGUGUAGGAACGAGCUCCUCAACCCCAACAUCAACGGAGUCAAAGCCUGUUUCAACGGAGUCCAAGUCAGCUUCAACGGAAUCGAAGUCUGGUUCAACUGAAUCGAGGUCUGUUUCGACAGAGUCAGCUUCUGCUUCUACCGAGACGGCUUCUCACACUUCCGGGGCGAAAAACAUCACCAGUAAGCCGGUAUCUGCUUCCACUGAAUCGAACUCCGUGCCUUUUGCGACGUCAAAUGCAACUGUCUCUGCGCCGACAGGCGUGACCUCGAAGACCGGUGCCACGGUACCUCCUACAUCUUCACCGACUUCUGUCAUCUCAUCGAGUCCUCUUCGAUAUUUCACCAGUCCGGUGGCUGGUGUAGCUUGUCUCGCUGUGGCCAUUGCAGCCUUGCUUGCCCUAUAA